UGCUAAUGCACCCAUCCCGGACCUGCGUGGAGCACAGCAUUCUCCCGAGCAAAUUGAAAAUGACAGCUUUCGCUUAAAGCCUCCCAACCUUGUCCCAACCGCUUGUUCCCCCCGCCGUUGCCAGGAUUUUGUUACUUACCAACCGUUGCCAUUACGCGCGCACCACCACCACCAAUUCCAGGCAAAAAUGCCGCAUAAACUUUUUAGCGCGGCGGAUUCAUUUAUAUAUAAUAUAUACGUAUAGAGAGUAUAUAAUCCCCGUAUUGUUUAUAUACGCGUGACGCGCUAGUUUAAUUCGGCAAUUACGGCUAGUGUUUGUUUCGCCCGGUUGAAAGCGGGUUUCUGAAUACGGGCUUAAUUAAUUAUUUAACCUUUUUUACGUUGGACGUCGCGUAUCUAUCAUUAGAGGCGGGUAAAUUGUGCAGUGCGCGCACGAUCGCAUAAAAUGUCGGACUUUGUUGAUCUGGACUCGUCGUCAUAUGGCCGUGCCGCCGGUAUGGGCGGCGGGGCUGGCUACAUUAAGGAACGCUUGAUUAAUUCAUCUAAAGAUGCCGGAUCUAUUGCCAAGUACCAACUGAAGCGAUUAUUUGGGAAGAAGCAGGACGAAAAAACACUACUGAAGGAUGAAGAAAUGGAAGAUGCCGACCUAUCACAGCCUUACACGGGCCCUAAUUACAUGUACUCACCGGAGCAGAUCGAAAUGCAAAAGCGGUUAUUAAUCCGUCCGGAGUUCCCUAACUGGUGUGGAAAAUGCUGCAAUAUCACGAAACGGUAUACUGUAGCGCUGCUGAGCGGCCUGGGAUUUUUAAUUCUUUUUGGAAUCCGUUGCAAUAUGGGGGUGGCUGUGAUAGCCAUGGUCAGUAAUAAGACCAUCUACACCGUCAAAGGAGAUCUUGUUAUACAAGAACCGGAAUUCGACUGGGAUCAGAAAACAACCGGCAUUGUAGAAAGUUCGUUCUUUUGGGGAUAUCUCAUAACACAAAUACCGGGUGGCUACCUGGCAGCCAGAUAUCCUGCGAACCGCGUCUUUGGCAUAGCCAUCUGCGCAUCAUCCUUCAUGAAUCUAUUAAUUCCGGCUGCUGCCAAGACGCAUUACGGUGUGGUGAUGAUCCUCAAAAUCCUCCAGGGUCUUGUGGAGGGAGUGACCUAUCCGGCGUGUCACGGGAUCUGGCGCUGGUGGGCCCCACCGUUGGAGCGCAGUCGACUGGCUACCAUUGCGUUCUGCGGAUCGUAUGCCGGCGCCGUACUAGGCCUGCCCAUCUCCGGCUUUCUCACGGAAUAUGUCGGAUGGUCAUCCUGCUUCUACUUUUACGGUGUUCUGGGCAUCCUAUGGUACGUGUUGUGGCAUUUUUUUUGCUUUGAAAAGCCGGCCACACAUCCCACGAUAACCCAGGCGGAAAAGAUUUUUAUCGAAGAAAGUAUCGGCGAACAAUCCGGAUUCUCGCAUGGCCCCAUGUCAUUCGCUAUGACGCCUUGGAGGAAGUUUUUCACAUCCAUGCCGGUAUGGGCCAUCGUCGUGGCCAAUUUCUGCCGCAGUUGGACAUUCUAUCUGCUGUUGAUCAGCCAGCCAUUGUACUUCAAUAACGUUUUCGGCUACCAUAUUUCGGCGUCUGGAGCUCUGGGAGCUCUGCCACAUUUGCUGAUGUCAAUUAUUGUCCCAUUUGGCGGGAUGCUUGCCGAUUGGUUGCGUCGGCGAUAUUGGACGACAACGACUGUGCGUAAAGUCUUCAAUUGCGGAGGGUUUGGCGGGGAAGCAAUUUUUCUCCUGGUUGUUGCCUACGCGAGAAGUGAGGGUCUCGCCAUAACAUCGCUAAUUGUCGCUGUCGGCUGCAGUGGAUUCGCUAUUUCAGGUUUCAAUGUAAACCAUUUGGAUAUUGCACCGCGCUAUGCCAGUAUUUUAAUGGGGUUCUCUAACGGUGUCGGCACAAUUUCCGGUCUCAUGUGUCCACUUGUUACCGAAAGUCUAACUGCCCAUCACAGUCCGGAAGAAUGGGAGAAAGUGUUUCUGAUUGCCGCCGUAAUACAUAUCUGCGGUGUGAUCUUCUACGGAAUAUUUGCAUCCGGUGAGAAGCAACCGUGGGCGGAUCCUCCUGCCGAAGAAACCAACGCCUGGCACCAGAGCCUGCAGGGCGGCAAUUAUAACCAGAAUGCAAUAAAUUAUGGCACUGCCGGCAAAGGCGGCGGUUACGGAGCAGUGGAAGAAGGGUAUGGUACCCAGCCGGAUGCCGGCUACAACUACGUUACCCGCACAGAACAGGUCCAGGAUGACGAUCCUUGGGCACAAGGGGACCAGUACAGCAGCACCAACAACUACAAUAAUGGUUACCAGAAUAACAGCUACGGAUACGAUCGUAGAAAUUAUUAGUUUUACUUAUGACAAAGGUCUACUGCUACGGAUAGUCUGUAUGUUCGUUUUUGCCAGUUUUCAGUUACAAAAACACAUUCAACACCACUGAAAAUCCAUACGGACAACGUUGUCUACAUCUUUAUUAUAGAAUUUAGCGCUACAAUGUUAUUCUUCUGCGGUUUUAUUAUUAAUAAUUGUUAUGACUUUAAUUUUGUGCGAUGUCGAUCUGUGUUAUAACUGACAGGGCAUAUUUGAUAAAAAGACAAAACUCGA